AAUAAUUAAUUUAGCUUCUCUUCUCCUACCAUUGUACUGGUUUUUCAUCUAUCAUCAGCAGCUGCAUGCCAAACCUCUGCAACUCCCAAACUACCCAUCAAAAUGUCCUUUCUUGUCUCUCUCUUUUCUCCGUUUUUCGCUUCAUCUUUUCUCAUCUCUCUUUGCCUGCGCUUUCUCUUGUUCCUCUCAUCAAAGCAGAGACAGAGUCCCCAGCUUUCUCCUCUUUGCUGAACCCCUUGAGGAAACCUGAAUUUUCCCCAAAGGAUCCUUUGUUUUGGUGCUGAAUACUGCAUGUUUAGGUGUAAAGGAAAGUGCCCAUUUCCCUUUUUUCCUUGAUGAUUCUCUUGGUUCAGUCGGUCGAAGCCAUAUGUUGGCCCCUUUUGGUUAUUUCGAGUUUGGGGUUUAGUUUUCUGGAGCUUAUCUCUGAUCUACUAGCAGAUCUUCAAAACUUUGCUCUUUCUGGGUUCUGGCCAGCUUUUCCUAAUUCCCCUCUCUCGUUUGGUACAAUUCUUUGAGGAUUAUGCUGGGGAUUCAUGGUGGCAUCUUUGGGGGUGGGUUAGUGUAUGAUAGUUGUAGCUUUAAUUGAAUACAAAAAAAGCUUCUCUGUUGUUCAUUUUGAUGGUGGCCAAGUCAGCUGCAUAUUUUCUGUGAAUCUACUGCGGUGUAGUUCUGAUCUUAAGAUUAUUAGAGAGUCAAAUAUUUAGUUUCUGUGAAUUUUAGUCUGUUCUUGUUCUUCUUUCCCCCCAAUCAUUCCACUUUUUGACUUUGUUUUAGAGGGAUCGCUUUUAGAGCAAAAGCUUGUUGCCAUAUUCAAGCUUUUUUUUCUGUAUGGUUUUAUGGUGGUGGUCUUAUUGGCAGCUAAUUUACCUUUGUUAGAACCCUUUUUUGUCUAAUUUUAUUGGGCACCUUUGGCUAUGUGAAUAGGUAGACAAUUAUAUUCUGUAUUAUAAAUCUCCUCUUGGUGCUUUAUGUCAAAAUGUCUGGAAAUAGCCGUUGUUUCGUCGAGUGGAAGGAGGAAUUUGUUUCACAGGAGCGCGGUAAUCGUGUGGUUCACUAUUUUCUGAAGGAUUCCUCUGGGGAAUCCAUUCGUGCUGUUAUUGGCACUGAGAGGAGUGCUAGGCACAUGUUUUACACUGUUGCUGAGGAGUUUGUGAUAGCCUAUGGCGCUGAGCAUUCGAUUCAUGCUGGUUUCAAAUGGAGGUCAAGAAGAGAGGUUGUGGAUUGGCUUACAUCCAUGCUCUCAAAGCAGCACCUCGAGGGAGAUCGAUCUAAGUCUCCAAAACAUGACACAUCUCCUGAUUGUGCAAUGCUUGAGGUUAGUGCUCGGAAGGCCCUAGUGCAGAGGGAUAUGAGCCAUUUUUCUAGAAAUUUGAAUGGACAAAGUUCAGAUAUUGUAUGGUCAGGCUCUGCAUGGACAUGUGGCAAACAUCUCAAACAUUUCCCAGCAUUUUGCCGCAGUGGAACCACAAUAGCGAUUCAAUCUUUUGUCUUUGUCAUGGCUAAGGGAGAGAAUCACUAUCUUGCUUACUUGGAAGACAUGUACGAGGACAAGCGUGGGCAGAAGAAGGUCAAAGUGAGGUGGUUUCACCAUACUAAGGAAGUUAAGGGUGUCGUUCCUGUAAGGAAUCCUCACCCCAAAGAGGUUUUCAUCACUCCUUAUUCACAAGUCAUUAGUGCAGAAUGUGUUGAUGGUCUUGCAAGUGUCUUAACUCGUGAACACUAUGAGAAAUGUGCAGCUGUUUUCCCUGAUGCUUUAUUAGCUAGAGCUCAUGUAUGCUCUAGGCAGUUCAGAAGUAAUAAAGUGAAGCAGUUUGAUUUGAGUAAAUUACGUGGCUAUUUUGAUCAACCGAUUUUCUCUUGUUUAAGUUCCACUUUGUCCUCAGAGCCUGACACCAUGAGCCAUGGCCUAAAUGAAGAAGAUGAUGAAGAACUAAGUGCCGGUUUAAAUGUAAAGCUGGGAAAUAAGAGGUCCAGAACUAUUAGAAGUAGUCAAAGGUUUGUGACAGAUAAUGCAGGAAACAGGAUUUCUAGUAAUCACUUGGUGUCUUAUGAAGCUUCAUGCAAGAAAAUAAAAUAUGCUUUGUCCGGAAAGAGAUUGCUCUCCCUCGAGCAUUCUGCGAGUCAAUAUUGGCAUGGGUCACUUUUCAAGGUUGAUGAAAAGAUAGAGUUGCUGUGCCAAGAUAGUGGAAUUCGAGGCUGCUGGUUCAGAUGUACAGUUUUACAAGUAUCAAAAAAACAGAUGAAGGUGCAAUAUGAUGAUGUGCAGGAUGAGGAUGGAUAUGGUAAUCUUGAGGAACGGAUCCCAAUUUGCAAGCUUGCUAUGCCGGACAAACUUGGCAUGAGGUACUCAGGCCGGCAAACAGUAAGACCUGCUCCUCCAAGCACUCAAAAAGAACUUGAUCUGGAAAUUGGGGUUGCUGUUGAUGUAUGGUGGAGCGAUGGCUGGUGGGAAGGGGUUGUAACUGGGGUUAACAGCAGCGGUGAUGACAAUGUGCAGGUUUACGUUUCUGGUGAAAAUUUAUUCCUGAACAUAUACAAAAAGAAUAUAAGGUUUUCCAGAGAUUGGGAUGGGGACCACUGGAUUGACAUUGAGGCCAGACCGGAUAUACUCUCUGUGAUAUCUGAUGCCAUUAGCCCAGACAUGGACGCGAAAGUUUCCAUGUCCACUACUCCUGUCAUGGAUGCAAAGCUUGAUGGCGGCACAAUUCCAGUUGAAGCUGUUGUUGCCAAAACUAUUGCUGAAAUGGAAAAGUCUGAGUUAGCUUUUCAGGACUGUUCUGAUAACUUUGGAGAAGAAACUGGCAGUAAGGAGGUUGCAUCAUUGAACGACGGAAAGGAUGGGGAUGCUAGUGAUGGGAAGAAGCCUCCACCAUCAGAAAAUGGAAAAAUUGCUAAUGCCAAUAAACUAAACGGUGUGUAUGGUUAUAGUGAAAACAAUACCAACACCAACAACAGCAAUGAUGAUAAAAAAAUUAUAGGCGGAAAAUGACAUGGAGCAGAACUAUGAAAGUAAGGAAAUCAUGGAAGUGAGAAACUAAAAUGUCUCUGAUGGGAUGGAUUCUUUUGUAAUGGGGAUGUUGGUACUAAUGUCAACUAACAUGAGACCAGUUUAAGUUCCGACCUUCUGUAAAUAGUGAUGCAGGCAUAGCACGGAAGUCGUUGCCAUUUGUUGUGUUUGACGUGGUGGCGCUGGUCAGUGUACAGAAACAAGGUUAGCAUUUUUGUGGUUUUUGUUGUAGUAAUUGUUUGUAUCUGAAAUAGGAUUUCCACUUGAAGAUCUUUGGUAAGGAGAUCCUCUAAAAUAGAGUUAGUUUCUUAUGUUUUUAGUCAUGGACUCUGCUUGUCUCUUUUAACACCAGAUCUGCGUCCUCUUGUAAUGAGAAUUAUCAUAUUUUGUCGACUUUGUUCUCGCUUACUGGUAAAGCCUAUAAGCACUAUUGCUUUC